GUACUUCCUUCAACUUCCUUGGUAACCCACAUGCACCCGUGGAAACAGACCGGCUCUGUGUGUGUUUGGAGUUAACUCACCAAUUAUAACAGAUUAAAACAUUGAAUAAAUAACAAGUAAGGGGGCAUUAUUGGUUACUUAUAGGACUUGAAUAAACAACACAGCCAUGAAAAUCGAGGAAGUGAAAAGCACCACGAAAACCCAGCGUGUCGCGUCUCACAGCCAUGUGAAAGGACUCGGGCUAGACGAGGCCGGGAAUGCAAAGCAAAAUGCGUCAGGUCUUGUGGGGCAGGAGACCGCAAGAGAGGCUUGUGGUAUUAUUGUGGAACUGAUCCGCUCAAAGAAGAUGUCAGGAAGGGCAGUUUUACUGGCUGGACCUCCCGGUACAGGAAAGACUGCCCUGGCUUUGGCUAUGGCACAGGAGCUGGGCAACAAGGUGCCAUUCUGCCCCAUGGUGGGUAGUGAGGUCUACUCUUCUGAGAUAAAGAAAACAGAGGUGCUGAUGGAGAACUUCAGGAGGGCCAUAGGGUUGCGUAUUAAGGAGACCAAGGAGGUGUAUGAGGGGGAGGUUACAGAGCUGACCCCCUGUGAGACGGAGAACCCCAUGGGUGGUUACGGGAAGACCAUCAGCCACGUCAUCAUUGGACUGAAGACAGGCAAGGGCACCAAGCAGCUCAAGCUGGAUCCCAGUAUUUAUGAGAGCCUGCAGAAGGAGCGUGUGGAGGCGGGAGAUGUCAUCUACAUUGAAUCAAACAGUGGAGCCGUCAAGAGACAAGGUCGGUGUGACACAUUUGCCACAGAGUUUGACCUGGAGGCUGAGGAGUACGUGCCGCUGCCCAAGGGGGACGUCCACAAGAAGAAAGAGAUCAUCCAAGACGUCACGCUACACGACCUGGAUAUUGCCAACGCUAGACCACAGGGAGGUCAAGAUAUCCUGUCUAUGAUGGGACAACUGAUGAAGCCCAAGAAGACCGAGAUCACAGACAAGCUGCGAGCUGAGAUCAACAAGGUGGUAAACCGUUACAUUGACCAGGGUGUGGCUGAGCUGGUCCCCGGGGUGCUGUUUGUGGACGAGGUGCACAUGCUGGACAUUGAGUGUUUCACCUAUCUGCACCGAGCCCUGGAGAGCACCAUCGCACCCAUCGUAGUGUUUGCUUCCAACAGGGGCAACUGCCUCAUCAGGGGGACAGAGGACAUCAGCUCUCCCCAUGGCAUUCCUCUGGACCUGCUGGACAGAGUCAUGAUCAUCCGCACCAUGCUCUACACACCACAGGAGAUGAAGCAGAUCAUAAAAAUCCGUGCUCAGACUGAGGGGAUCAACAUCAGUGAGGAGGCCCUCAGUCACCUGGGAGAGAUCGGAACCAAGACCACCCUCAGGUAUGCGGCGCAGCUGCUGACCCCAGCCAGUCUGUUAGGCAGAGUCCAGGGGAAGGAGGGAGUAGAGCGGGAGCAGGUGGAGGAGAUCAAUGAGCUCUUCUAUGAUGCCAAGUCUUCCGCUAAGAUCCUCCAGGACCAGCAGCACAAGUUCAUGAAAUAAAGAACUAACACCCCUUCUAAAGUUCCUCUACCCUUCUCUACAUCCCUCCAUCCACAGUUUCUACCACAGAGUUAAGCAUCUCAUGUUUGGAAAGUCAUUGCCCUGGCAGUCUUUUUCUCUCCCAGUUCUCCAUGUAAAAUUCAUCCCUCUCUUCUUUCUUUUAUGCCUUAUUUCAUCCUUUCUCUUGUUCAACAACCCCCUCAAGCUGCCCCAUCAACUGUAGUGGUUUGUACUAUUCUGAUAAAUACCUUUUUUUAAAGGUUAUUUGCUUGUUAAUCUAAUUAAUUUUUUUCAAUAAAAAGGAAAACAUGGAAAAUUUGA